AUGACGGCUUUUGAAGAAAUGGGUGUGAUGCCAGAGAUUGCCAGAGCUGUGGAGGAGAUGGAUUGGAGUUUACCAACUGAUGUACAAGCGGAAGCUAUACCCCUGAUUCUUGGUGGAGGCGAUGUGCUCAUGGCUGCUGAGACUGGCAGUGGGAAAACUGGAGCAUUUUGUUUGCCCAUUCUUCAAAUUGUCUAUGAGUCUAUGAAAGAUUUACAGGAAGGCAAGGGAGCUGGCAAGAAGGUUGCCAAGACUGCGAGUGCAGGGAAAGGCCACUGGCGCAUGAAUGUGCAUGACAGAGGAAAUGCCAUGGCCAUUGACCCUGAUGGGCUUUUGUGUCAGGCCCGCGACCAGACAGCUUGGCAUGGAACUAGGAGCAACAAAGCUGUGCAUGGCAAAGGAAAGUACUACUAUGAGGGCACUGUCACGGAUGAAGGCUUGUGUCGUCUGGGCUGGUCCACGCAAAAGGCUAAACUGGAUUUGGGCACUGACAAGUUUGGCUUUGGCUUUGGUGGAACAGGCAAGAAGUCGUACAACAAGCAGUUUGAUGACUAUGGACAGCCUUUUGGAGCAAAUGAUGUCAUUGGCUGCCAUCUUGACCUUGACAAUAUGGAGAUUAAGUGGUCCAAGAAUGGCAUUGAUUUGGGUAAAGCAUUUGAUAUCCCUAAAGAUCUCAAGAAUGAAGCAUUUUAUGCUGCUGUUGUCCUGAAGAAUGCAGAAAUGAAAUUCAACUUUGGAAAUUCAGAGUUCAAAUUUCCACCCAAGGGUGGGUACCAAGCACUUUGUGAAGCAAGUCCUGACUGCGUGAUUGAAUCCAAGAUUGCUGGGUCAGGACCAACGAAUGCGCCUCCCGCUCCGAACGCUCCACAAGCGAUCAUCAUAGAGCCAUCCAGAGAGCUUGCUGAGCAG